GGCUCGAAGUGGAACAAACCAAAGCCAGAACAGAGCACUGACGGGGGGGGCCAUAGCUGCCCCAAAAGCAUCUCCUCUCUCAAGAUUUUCCGAUAUCAAACAUAACGAUAUCUUCUCCCAUUGAAAAACAGAUGUCAUCCACCGCCAAUGUUGUUGGUGCUAAUGAAGAUCUCAUCACAGAAAAUCUGUUGUGUUUACCGGCAACAUCUGUUGUCAAUUUCAAGUUGGUCUCCAAGAGAUGGCUAUCUCUCAUUCCCGACCCAAUUUCGUUCUUCGCCACAAUCGUAGGCAUUAUAACACAGUCUCUGGUUUUAUUCUUGGUAGGACAUUUGGUCUUAGAGAUCCAAUGUAGUGGUUGCAAUGAUCCCCUGCUCAACCCUGCAAUUUACCCUGAGAAGCUUGCUCAACUGGUAUGCUCCAAGGUACUGAUUUGUGUUUCAGAGAAGGAUUGGAUGACAGACAGAGGAUGGACUUACCGUGAGGCAUUGAGGAAGAUUGGAUGGGGUGGUUCGGUGGAAAUUGUGGAGAUUGAAGGGGAGAGUCAUGUGUUCCACUUGUUCAAGCCAGAAGGCGAGAACGGUGUGGAUCUGAUGAAUCGGGUUGCUUCCUUCUUGACUCAUGAAUAGUUAAGCAUCAUAAAUGGCCUCUGUUUGUUUGUCUGACAGAAUUUUAAUCUCCGUGUUUGUGUAUUUUUUUAAUCGGUCAAGUAAAAAUAUUACUCGUUU